ACCAAAUAAUUAAUUUUCGUCAAAAAAAAACCACAUAAUUAAUUAAUAACCAAAUUUGUACAACCACAUAAUAAAAUAGAUUAAUGGUAAUUAUAGUAAUUUGUAACCCCCCUCCACUUAAGUGUUUUGAAUUCCUCCCCAAUUUCUUCUUCUCAUUGCACCAACAAUCAUGAAUACGUUUGGAUUAAACACACAACAAUCCUAUUUGUUUUUUCUUCUACUUUUAUCUUUGGGAUUGUUUUCAUAUUCAGUUCAAUCCAUGAGAUUUGAUUUGUCACAUGGUAAAUCAGCAAGAUGCUUCUUUGAAGACAUACAAAAGAUUAGUACAAUGGUAUAUGGCAAUUAUUCCAUUGUCAAUCCUAAUAAGGGUCACCCUUUGCACCCUAACCACACUAUUACUGUUCAGGUUACACAUGCAGAAGACGGAGGCAAAUAUCAUUUAGCAGAGCGUGUUCAAGCAGGGCAAUUUGCAUUUACGGCAUAUCAAACUGGUGAUUAUCUUGUAUGUUUCAUGCUUACAGAUGAUGAUCCUCAAUUAACAUUCUCUGUCGAUUUUGAUUGGAAAACUGGAGUUACAGCUAAAGGUCGCCCUAAUAUUGUAAAGAAAAGCAACAUUGAUUAUAUGACAUAUGAAGUACAAAUUAUGCAAGAAACUGCCUUGGCCAUUAAGGAGGAGAUGUCUUAUCUUCUUCAACGAAAUACAGAAAUGCUAGAGCUCAAUUGGAUGACAGACAAUAGAAUGUUAUUGUUUAUUUUCGUUUCAUACUUUAUUUGCUUCUCAGUAGCAGGGUUACAACUAUGGCACUUGAAGACAUUUUUUCAGAAAAAGAAACUCAUAUAAUAUUUUUCUUAUUAGUUAAUUAUACAACUGAAUUUUCUUAUGAGCCAUGUAAAACCAACUUAAAUCUAUU